AUGGACAGCAUCACUCGAGGGCAUGUUGUGUCUCUACCGCCCGAGCUGAUCACUAAGUGCCUUAUCUAUGUUGACGGCGAUGAGCUGUCUUCAUGUAAGCUGGUCUGUAAAUUGUUCUGUGCUGUGGUAGAAUCUUCCGUGCAGCUCCGCUAUAACAUUGAACUGGCUGCCGAUGGCUUCAUCGAUGGCUCAUCCUGUUCUCUGGCGACUACGGAUCGGCUUGAUAUGCUCCUCGAACGACGUAGGAGAUGGCUACACCUGGAUUGGUCACAAACGCUUUCUGCGAGGGACCGUAGUAGGACGGCUACUCCUAUGCGAUGCUAUGACAUGGUCCAGGGUCUCCUCAUUGAAAGAAUUUCGCAGAGGCAGCUGCUUCUUACAUCCCUUCCAUCGCAUGCGAAUCCUACACUUAAGCUCGCCGAGAGAUCCGUAGAACACAUCGUGGCGAACUUUGCCGUGGAUCCCUCGCAGGAUCUACUUGUUCUCUUGGACGCUGAAGGCUGUGUUCGUCUACGCACGCUAUCAUCGAACUCGGUACACCCUUUGGCCCAACUUGGAACACUUCCGGGACGCCUUACAAAUCUCUCGUUUGAGUCACUCCAGAUCGCGGGUGAUCUUGUUGGCCUCUUCUCCCCGCGUAGUGAAUACACACUCAGAAUUUGGAAUUGGCACACUGGUAGUAUUAUUCUCGAAGAACACGAGAGUAGUCUCAUUUUCGUCCCAACGUCGUUCAUAUUCCUAUCCAGCCGUGUCUUACUUCUCAGUGACAAGCCGAACUCUGGGUCCCUCGUCCUCUUUGCAUUCACUGAUGCCCAGGUCGCGUCCACUACUCCGCUAACGUUUUCAACCUUCCAUCCCGUCGCCAUUCUCAAUCUCCCGCUGGUGCGCGACAAAUAUAUCAUCGGAAAUAUGUCACUGGGUAUUGCACCGCUUCUCGCAGGAGUCAUUCCCGGAGUGCCAUUCGCUACAUCUCCCGCGGAGCGUAUUAUUGUCAUGCAACUGUCAUACCUAGCAUCAAACAGGCGACAGGUCUCAGGCGCUUUUUCGGGGUUUGUCCAUUGCCGGUACUUGUUGUCAUUCGUCUCGUCUUCGUUGGAUGGGCAGAUCCAAGCACGGGUCGUUCCAUGGGACGAGUGGGGUCCUAAGAACACACGUAUUGCGAUGUUACCUGUGUAUGGAAACACCUUCGAAAGAUACACGAGCGGGCAGAGAGUUGUUCUUCGAUCGAGCGUCGUCAACUCAGUAGCCCGCCACAUCUAUGUGCUCGACUUCAACGUCCAUCCCCGUCACUUGUCUGCUAUGAUCCAUGACGAUGCUGGAGGCCCGUCUUAUGAACCACAAACUGAUCGGUAUGGUAACAGGGGCGGCAAAGGAAAGUUUACUCUAGUAAGGGAACCUGCUCGCCUCAGAGGUGCCCCCUUCAAGCAGGAUGUGGUGACUUCCUUGCCUUACGUGCAGUCCUCCAGAGGGAUGAAUUCUUUUGAAAACAAUGGGUACAUGAUCGACGAAGAGAGGCUCAUUGAGGUAAAGUUUGGGACGUUCAACGACAACGUAGAGGGCAUCAAUAUAGGCUAUCAGUAUCAUCAGGGGCGUGAAAAAUUGAACAUUGUGACUUGGUUGCCCUCUCCUGAGAUAGCCCUCGGGGUUCUUCGUGAACCCAGCAUUCUCAAACAUACGAUCUGCGACUACUCAGGCUCCCGGGAACUCGGAGGAGGGCUUCAUACAUGCACAGCCCUCAUGCUCUCGAUCCGCGACAAUGAGAUAGGAUACUUCUAUGUCAGGCGUCUAUCAUGGCUCGGGCGUUAUCCUUUCAUAUAUUGCUCACCUCCCCACGCUCGCUUCUCGUUCUUUUCGCUCUCGACGGCCAUGGCGGACUCAAUAAGCUUACGGGAAGUCAAGGUCGCUGCGGGAACGGUCAUGGAGGCUGGUGCCGAUGAAGCCGAGUUAGCGAGGAUGGGGUACAAGCAAGAAUUGAAGCGCGACUUGAGUCUCUUGCAAAAUUUCGGUAUCUCCUUCUCGAUCAUCAGCGUUAUCACUGGUAUACCCUCGCUCUUCCUUUAUGGUCUGAAUACAGGUGGUCCUGCUGUCAUGGUGUGGGGCUGGAUUGUUGUCGCCUGCUUCACCAUUCUUGUAGGGCUCGCAAUGGCUGAGGUGUGCAGCGCACAUCCCACGAGUGGUGGUCCAUACUUCUGGUCCGCCAUGCUCUCCAAGCCAGAGAACGCUGCCUUUGCGUCAUGGAUAACGGGCUGGUUUAAUUUGCUUGGGCAAGUUGCUGUCACAACUGGUAUCAGCUUCGCGUGCUCCACUUUCAUCGGCACCGUCUCCACUUUCGGAACUAACUUCGUGCCGACCGCGAAAACCAAUAUCGGAAUGUAUGCAGCCGUCCUCGUCGCGCAAGGUCUCAUCAACACAUUUGGAGUACACCUGCUGAAGUACCUCAACAAUAUCUCGGUAUACUGGCACGCGUUAGGGACGACGGCGCUCGUGAUUACAAUUCUUGCGAAGGCGCCGACGCAUCAGUCCGGGCACUUCGUGUUUCAGACAUUUAUUGAUGGCACAGGCGUGGGCGGUCCAGGUUGGAGCGAGCGCGCGAGCCCGGCGUACGUUACAGUCAUCGGUAUCCUAAUGGCGCAGUAUACUCUGACGGGCUUCGACGCAUCGGCGCACAUGACAGAAGAGACGCACAACGCUGCAAUGUCCGGUCCGAUAGGCAUCAUCAUGGCUAUUGGCGUCUCCGCCGUCCUUGGGUGGUUCCUUAUCCUGGGUCUGCUCUUCUCUAUCCAGGAUCUCGCAACCACUGUCGCGUCCCCGACAGGCGAACCGGUGGCCCAGAUACUCUUGGACGCCGUGGGAGAAAAGGGUGCGAUUGUCCUAAUGGUUAUAAUCAUCGGUGCUAUGUUCUGGUGUGGAACGUUCUCCGUUACGUCUAAUAGCAGGAUGAUGUAUGCGUUCGCUCGGGACGGUGGGAUACCCGGACAUAAGUUCUUCCGCAAGGUUGAUGUGAAGCGCAAAUCUCCGGUGCGCACCGUUUGGCUUGCAUGUACGCUCAGCUUCAUCCUCGGCUUGCCCAGUCUUGGAAGUUCCGUGGCUUUCUCCGCCGCGACAAGUAUCGCUACAAUCGGGCUGUACAUCUCUUACGCGAUACCCAUUGCAUUGCGCAUUGUCUACGCCGACCGAUUCGUCCGUGGGCCCUUCCAUCUCGGCGCAUUCUCGUUCCCAGUCGCGAUCGCCGCGGUGGCCUGGAUAGCGUUCAUCACCAUCGUCUUCAUCCUGCCACAAGAGAACCCAGUGAACUCACAGACAUUGAACUACUCUAUAGUGGCGGUCGGGAUUGUGCUCGUGUAUAGCCUGGGCUUCUGGGUGCUGAGUGCGAGAAAGUGGUUCACGGGCCCGGUCAGACAGAUCGCUGCGGAAGAGAUGGGAAUAGAUGUUAUGAAUCCAGCAGAGGUGGAGAAAGUAGACGAAGGAUCAACGUAG